AUGCGACCUGAUUCAGCCAGAUUGCUCAACCCAGAGGGUCCCACUCUCCUCUAUGCCUGUCAGAAAAUGACCUUUCCUACAAGGCACAUCGCCUUCGGGAAGCCUCCCCCUGGCAGCCCACAGUUCAGUGACUGCGACUGCCUCUGCCUGGCACCACAGCCGGUCAGCACGUCCUCCCAGGGGUCCCAUGCUGCUGGGCUAGACUGCAAACUGCUGGUGGCAUGCGACCUGCCCAGUCCUGGCCCUGUAGAGAUGUCACAUCUGGAAUUUGCCCCCGGAUUCUCGCUCUUGUUCCGUUCCGUGGCCUCUGUCUCAGAGAAACUGCGUGCCCCUCACCUGGUCCUUAGCGUGUUCCAGCUGGCUGGGCCCUGUGGCUCGUUCCAGACAGGGUCAUGGGAGAAGUGGCAUGUGGACCUCCAGGCCCAGCUGAGCACCAUCCCGGAGGAUGUGAAUCUCUAGGAGGAUGUGUAUCACAGGGAGGACGUUGAUCACAGAGAGCAUGUGGGUCACAGGGAGGAUGUGGAUCACAGAGAGCAUGUGGGUCACAGGGAGGACAUGGAUCACAGAGAGCAUUUGGGUCACAGGGAGGAUGUGGAUCACAGAGAGCAUGAGGGUCACAGGGAGGACGUGGGUCACAGAGAGCAUGUGGGUCACAGGGAUGACAUUGAUCACAGAGAGCAUGUGGGUCACAGGGAGGACAUGGAUCACAGAGAGCAUGUGGGUCACAGGGAGGACGUGGUUCACAGAGAGCAUGUGGGUCACAGGGAGGACGUGGAUCACAGGGAGGACGUGGAUCACAGGGAGGACAUGGAUCACAGAGAGGGUCACAGGGAGGACGUGGAUCAUAAGGAGGAUAGGAUUAUAGGGAGAACAUGGCUCAUGGAGAGAAUGGAGAUCAUGAGGAGAAAAGGGAUCUCGGAGGGAUCAGAAAUGGAACACAAUCAUGGGGAGGAUGAGGAUCACAGAAAGGACGUGCAUCACGAGCAGGACACGGAUCAUGGAGAGGAUGUGGAUGACAAGGAGAACAGAAUCAUGGGGAGGAUGUGGAUCACGGCAAGGACAGGAUCAUGGGAGAACGUAAACCAUGAAGAAAAUGUGGAUCGUGAGGAGAACAAGGAUCACCGGGAGGACAUGGUGGACCACAGGGAAGACACAGAUUACAAAGAGGAUGAGGACCACAGGGAGGAGGUGGACUACCAGCAGGACAUGGAUAAGGCUGAGGAUGUGGAUCUCAGCAAGGUCCUGAGAGCACCUGCUGGCAGUGGACUGGAGGACGUGGAUCACAGAGAGCAUGUGGGUCACAGGGAGGAUGUGGAUCAAGAGCAUGUGGAUCACGGGGAAGACCUGGAUCACAGAGAGCAUGUGGGUCACAGGGAGGACGUGGAUCACAGAGAGCAUGUGGGUCACAGGGAGGACGUGGAUCACAGAGAGCAUGUGGGUCACAGGGAGGACGUGGAUCACAGAGAGCAUGUGGGUCACAGGGAGGACGUGGAUCACAGAGAGCAUGUGGGUCACAGGGAGGACGUGGAUCACAGAGAGCAUGUGGGUCAGAGGGAGGACGUGGAUCACAGAGAGCAUGUGGGUCACAGGGAGGACGUGGAUCACAGAGAGCAUGUGGGUCACAGGGAGGAUGUGGAUCAUAAGGAGGAUAGGAUUAUAGGGAGAACAUGGCUCAUGGAGAGAAUGGAGAUCAUGAGGAGAAAAGGGAUCACGGAGGGAUCAGAAAUGGAACACAAUCAUGGGGAGGAUGAGGAUCACAGAAAGGACAUGGAUCACGAGCAGGACAUGGAUCAUGGAGAGGAUGUGGAUGACAAGGAGAACAGAAUCAUGGGGAGGAUGUGGAUCACGGCAAGGACAGGAUCAUGGGAGAACAUAAACCAUGAAGAAAAUGUGGAUCGUGAGGAGAACAAGGAUCACCGGGAGGACAUGGUCAUGGAGAGGAUGAAGAUCUCGGUGAUGUGUGGACCACAGGGAAGACACAGAUCACAAAGAGGAUGA